CAACCAACCUCCAUCAAAAUCUAGGGUUUUAGAACUCGGAAGGGGGUGAAAAAAAGGAAAAAAAAAAAAACUUAGAAAGGGGAGAGAUGAGCAGGGGGCUAGGGAUCCCGGUGAAGCUCCUCCACGAGUCGGCGGGCCACGUGGUGACGGUGGAGCUCAAGAGCGGCGAGCUCUACAGAGGGAGCAUGAUCGAGUGCGAGGACAACUGGAAUUGCCAGCUCGAGAACAUCACUUUCACUGCUAGGGAUGGAAAAGUGUCGCAACUUGAGCAUGUUUUCAUCAGAGGCAGCAAGGUCCGGUUCAUGGUCAUUCCUGAUAUGCUAAAGAAUGCUCCUAUGUUCAAACGUUUGGAUGCCAGAAUUAAGGGCAAGGGUUCUUCUCUUGGUGUUGGGCGUGGUCGUGCUGUUGCUAUGCGUGCCCGGGCUCAAGCUGCAGGUCGAGCAGGUGGGCCCCCAGGCAGGGGCGCUGUGCCCCCAGUGAGGAGGUAGGAGUCUUCAGUUGCACCCUGAAUUUCCUUGGAUGGCUGCAAUGCUUUCAUUUAUCAAAGGUUCUUUGGAUGUAAACAGAGUCUUGCCACUAUAGUAGAUGUAAAAUUGAGAGGGUUUUUUCUUUAUAUCGUAUAACCGAUGUUUGUUCAUUAUGGCCUCUACAAUUUUAGAAUCUGUACUGCUUUUUUAUUUUUGUACCCGUGCUAGGUCCUGGUAGUGGUAAUAGUAUCACAGAACAUUUGAGCUUCCAUCUCUUCGGUGAUGAUGUGAA